UGGACGUGAGGUUCACAACUGGCGGCGGCGCGUCCGUGUCAACGUCUCUGCAGCUCUUGAUUGCAUUUAACGCGAGCAAAGCCUUUUGUUGCUCUAGUUUCAUCUCAUUUCUGGAUCAAUAUGAAGAUUGUGUUGCUUCUUGCUCUUGCACUACCGAUGGUGGUUGCAACGAGAGGCCCGCUAAAGCCCGGAUGCCCGAACCCGAAUCAAGGUAGGCAGUGCCUGCUCUACCGUGACCAGUGCCAGACGGACUUUGAUUGCGAAAGAGAGGGAAAAGGCGACAUAUGCUGCCCGAUAAAUGGCUGCGGAAAGGAGUGCGUGACACUGCACAUGGACGCAAGAUGCCCCGACCCGGGAAGUUACGGCUUUAACUGCUUCGCCUACAUUCACCAGUGCAACAUCGACCGUCAGUGUAGGGGCAAGCAGAAGUGCUGUCUCGUGGCCGGAUGUGGCAGAAGUUGUCAGUCCGUCUAAGCGCAGAGUUCCUUGCCUGGACCAUGCAAGAGCGAUGACUUCUGAUGCAGACACAAUGACCUGAAUGUAUCUUUCUUUAGAAUUUAUAUCAGUGGUUUACUUCUUUUGAAUUCCACAUGGCUUGUAAUUCAUUAUUUUUUUAAGGAGUUGUGUAAAAGAUAAUGCUUUGUGUUCUGAUUCCAUUUAUUUGUAUAUGUUUGAGUUAACUAAAGUCAAGUGUAAAAUCUAAGGAAAUAUGUAAGUAAAUAAACCCCAUACUCACUC